UAAUAUAGACUUAGUAAAAGCUUUAGUCCUACUGUCUCUCUCACACACUGAGAUCCAGUUCUGCCACGGGCCAUGACAAAAACAUGAAUGUGGGAAUUUAACAGCGUGUAAUACCAUUAGUAGCACAGCGUUUUAUAAAUUGUUUUCUGCAGGUUUAAGAAAAUGUCUGAAUUCAGCCAAAAUUCUAACCAGGAAGUCAGAAUUGAGGACAUCGAUGAAGAUGAAAUCUUAGGAAACUUAUCCCCUGAAGAGCUGAGGGAGCUCCAAUGUGAAAUGGAGGUCAUGGCUCCAGACCCAAGAGUCCCAGUUGGAAUGAUACAGAAAGAUCAGACUGAAAAACCUCCAACGGGAAACUUUGACCACAGAUCUCUUGUUGAUUACCUGUAUUGGCAGAAGGCAUCAAGACGCAUGCUAGAGGAUGAGAGAGUUCCCGUCACCCUCUUGCCAUCUGAGAGACACAUUGCAGAGAAGUUUGAAGAAAAUGCUGGGGAUAUGGACAAUAUUGCUAAGCAAAAAAUGCUAGAUGAUACUACAGAAGCAGACAGAAAAGAAAUAUAUUACAAAAACGAACAUGUCGAACAGGCCAAGCCUGGUUCAGCACAACAAUCGGGAGAAACAAAUGAAGAGAGAAGCUAUAAAGAGACAGAAGAUGAGGAGGAGCAUUAUGAUGAUGAGGAGGAAGAUGACGAUGACGAUGAGGAAGAUGACGAUGAUGAAGAGGAGGAGGAGGAGGAAGAUGAUGAAGAAGAAUCAAGAAUGAAGAAGCCAUAUGGAGACAAAAACAGCAACAGUGAUCAGGUAACUAAGAAGCUAUGUACAAAAUCAGGGGAAAAUCAAGAAAAUCAAGAAAACCAAGAAAACCAUGAGAAGAAAGUAUCAAAACUACAAAUUCCAAAGAAGUUAGCUGUAGAUACUAGUUUUAUUAAGUUAAGUGCAAGACCUUCAGGAAACCAAACCAAUUUAGAUGAGAGCUUGCAGAAGGUCUGGAAGAACGAUCCAGAUGUGAAGGAACUCAACCUGAACAACGUUGAAAACAUCCCAAAGGAAAUGCUUGUGGACUUUGUGAACGCCAUGAAAAAAAACAAGCAUGUAAAAACAUUUAGUUUAGCCAAUGUGGGAGCUGAUGACAACGUAGCUUUUGCUGUGGCCAACAUGUUACGUGAAAACAGAAGCAUCACUACUCUAAAUAUUGAUUCAAAUUUUAUUUCAGGCAAGGGAAUCGUUGCUAUCAUGAGAUGUCUGCAGUAUAAUGAGACGUUAACUGAACUGCGCUUUCACAAUCAGAGGAACAUGUUGGGCCAUCAAGCUGAAAUGGAAAUUGCCAGGCUUCUGAAAGCCAAUCCUAAACUGCUGAAGAUGGGCUAUCACUUUGAACUUCCAGGCCCCAGGAUGGUUGUUACCAAUCUGCUCAGCAGAAAUCUUGACAGACAAAGACAAAAAAGGCAGGAGGAGCAAAAACAGCAGCAAUUAAAACAGCAGAGAGAGUUAAUAGCCAUGUUAGAAAAUGGACUAGGGUUGCCUCCUGGGAUGUGGGAAAUGCUAGGGGGACCAAUGCCUGAUUCAAGGAUGCGUAGCUCAAUACAAGCCCCCAAGCCGCCACCUGUCCCUAAAACUAUGCCCAUGAGCAGGAAAAAUGAACAUGCAAGAAAGCCAGCCCCUGAAGAACAGAGUAGUGAGGAACCUGCCUCCUUCAAAAUGGUCAAACUCAAGAGAACUCAGCGCAAGCCCACUAUACCAGAAUACGUGGAACCAGCUGAAAAAACAAAUAUCAAAGAUGUGAUCAAGACUCUUAAACCAGUUCCAAAAAAACGACCACCUCCCCUGGUUGAGAUAACCCCAAGAGAAAAGCUUUUAAAUGACAUUCGUCAGAGUAACGUCGCUUAUCUUAAACCGGUGCCAGUGCCUAAACAGCUAGAGUGAAACAUCAGAUUCUCCUGAAAGAAACAACCUGAAAUAAAGACUAUUCAAGUUUCACUGACACUUGUUUCAAAGGAUGCUUUCUUCAGAAGCCAAGUGGUAGAUAACGAACAUGUGGGAACAAUGCCUGUAAUAUGUAUCUGUUUAUACAUUGAUGAAAAGGGUGGAAUGGAACAAGUCAAUGCUAAAAGGAUUUCCAUCAGCUAUCAAGUAACAACGAUACCCUGGUAUAAUCUGUCUGCCAGUUGGAUUCUAGUCUCCAGUUUGCCCAGAGGUAUUUGCCCAGCAGCAGCAAUAACUUAACAGGUUUUACAGAUUCAGUCAGUGAACUCUAUUGCUUACAUGGUACUUUCUGCUGUUAAAUUCUCCUGCAACACAUAGUGCCCUGUUGCGACUUACCUUCUUUACGCACACAACCUUCUUUUUUCACACUGCUGUAUGCCACAGCUUUUUUAAAAAGAACACAUGAUUUCUAUCUACACAACUUAUAUUUUCAGUCCAGAAUUAUUUUCAUUUUUUAGGCUGAGGAAACAAACAAAGAGAGAGCAAAAAUGCCCUGACUAGGAGAGAGCACAGUCUGCAUUUCUUCCAGAACAAACUGCAGUAGUUCUGAGAACAAAAUGGCUGCCAUCUCCGCAAACAGGCAGAGUUCUUAGAAACUUAAAGCCACAGUACAAAGAAAAAAAAGUCAUAAUGGUUUAAAACUUCAUACUCCACAGAAUGUGUUCUGGCAAGUAUUCUGUCUGGUUAGCAUUUAAAACAUGAAGCCAUGAGCUGUUCUGGGAGCUGUGCGAUCAUUAUUCCCCAGCAGAUUCUCUCUGUCCUUGCUAUAGCCCUGAACUGUAUCGCCAACCCCAUGCUUCAGACCACACAUUGCAGUCACCUUCUGAGAACAGAACUGGACUGUUUCUGAUGUCCUUCAAUACUCCUGAUGAACUGGCCAGAGUUGCUGCUCCUGAGUAUUGUUAGGCUCUUGCCUUCUUCCCUCUGCUUGGGGCUCAAACUGCCUGCCCGUUUAAGGAUGGCACUGAAUGUCUUGCUUGCAUGGCGAUGGCAGUGCAGAGCUCUAGCUGGAGGUAACUGCACUCGCCCAUCCUUGCACAAGCUAAUGGUUUAUAAAUAUUCUGAUAGGGAAAAAGUGCUUUAAUGGUCAAAGCGAUAAGCCUUGAUUCUGUACUAUCCAAAGAUAGCCUAAGCACUCACAGAACGUGCCCAGGAAAAGAGAGGUUUAUUUCUGGUGUUGGGGAAAGUGUAUAUCCCCAUCCAUGUGAAAUCCUCCUCAGUUUCUCUUAUCUUUAAUGAAUCUCUUUUCUGGAUGUUUUCCCUUUGCUACCAGGCAUGCCGUUGUAUUCCCCUUACUUCAGUCUGUUUGUACCAGCCUAUCCACUCUCUCUGCUUGAUUCCCUAUCUGCCAACUCUCCUUUUGCUCCCCACAAAACUUCACCCCACGCAAACCAGCCUCACCAAGUCCAUUAAUGGCCUACUCUGCCUCUAGUAGCUAAGAUGCAAGGCUGGGUCUUGCUCUUUUUUCCCCUCCUUGGUCUGCCUACUACUGCUGCUCAGUUCCUCCUCUUCUCGUCUGCAUGUCCUUGGCCAUCCAAUAAUCUGACUUCUUCUUUCCACAGCUCCUCUGGUUGCUCCUCAUUCUUUCCUUCUCACUCAACAUGAUCACCAAGGCUCUACAAAAGCGUCUGCCAGCCAGCUUGUAUUUCUCUUACACAAUCCAUGCUUCCUUCCCAAACCUUUUUUCUCUGACUCACAGCUGCAUAUCCUACUGCUCCCACAUUGGCAUAAAGAAAGCAACUGUUUCCUAUCAACCCUCUCCUUUCAAAUCCACUCUUUACCUUAACUGAGCUGCUGUCUGAUUCCCUUUAAGGCUCUGUGGGGGCACAGGACAUGCAUGCAGGCAGGGAACUUGAUUUACUGUUUCUAAGGUACUGUAUGAAUUUACAGCACGCUAAGGAAUUUUUUAAACUAUGAUGCAACAUUGCUUGUGCAAAUGUUGAGAAGAAAACAUAGUUUUACUUUAUUUCUCAUUUACAGCAGUCAAAUGAAGAGAAUACUCUAAGUG